AUGUCUGAAGAAGAAGUUAAAUCGGCUCCUUUUUCAUUUCCUAAGGAGGAAGAGAAAGUCUUAUCCCAUUGGGAAGACAUUGAUGCUUUCCAAACUUCUUUGAAAAUCACUGAAGGUAAACCAGAAUUCUCAUUCUUUGAUGGUCCUCCAUUUGCCACUGGUACUCCUCAUUAUGGUCAUAUUUUAGCUUCCACUAUUAAGGAUAUUGUUCCAAGAUAUGCUACUAUGAAUGGUUAUCAUGUUGAAAGAAGAUUUGGUUGGGAUACUCAUGGUGUUCCAGUUGAACAUGAAAUUGACAAGAAAUUAGGUAUCACUGGUAAACAAGAUGUUAUGGCCAUGGGUAUUGACAAAUAUAAUGCUGAAUGUAGAGCCAUUGUUAUGCGUUAUGCUGAUGAAUGGAGAAAAACCAUUGGUCGUUUAGGUCGUUGGAUUGAUUUUGAUAACGAUUAUAAAACUUUAUAUCCAGAAUUUAUGGAAUCUGUUUGGUGGGUUUUCAAACAAUUAUUUGAUCAAAAUCAAGUUUACAGAGGUGUUAGAGUUAUGCCUUAUUCUACUGGGUUAACCACUCCAUUAGCUAAUUUUGAAGCUCAACAAAAUUAUAAAGAUGUUAAUGAUCCAGCUGUUACAGUUGCAUUCCCAUUAUUAGAUGAUCCAAAAACUAUCUUGGUUGCAUGGACCACUACUCCAUGGACUUUACCAUCAAAUAUCGCAUUAUGUGUUCAUCCAGACUUAGAAUAUGUUAAAAUUUAUGAUGAAAAAGCUGAUAAAUAUUAUAUUUUAAUUGAAUCUUUAAUUAAAACAUUAUACAAGAAACCUCAAAAUGAAAAAUUCAAAGUUGUUGAUAGAUUCCCAGGUAAAAAAUUAGUUGGUUUGAAAUAUGAACCAUUAUUCAACUAUUUCUAUGACAAAUUCAAAGAAACCGGUUUCAAAGUUAUCCAAGCUUCAUAUGUUUCUGCUGAUAGUGGUACUGGUAUUGUUCAUCAAUCUCCAGCAUUUGGUGAAGAAGAUUUCAACGCCGCCACUGCUAACGGUGUUAUUAAUGAAACUUUAUUGCCUCCAAACCCAGUUGAUGAUAAAGGUUUAUUUACUAAAGAAGUUUCAGAUUGGGAAGGUGUUUAUGUUAAAGAUGCUGAUUCCAAGAUUAUCAAAUAUUUAACAGAAAAGGGUAAAAUCUUGUUGAAUUCUCAAAUCAGACAUAGUUACCCAUUCUGUUGGAGAUCAGAUACUCCUUUAUUAUACAGAACUGUUCCAGCUUGGUUUGUUCGUAUUAAAGAAGCUAUUCCAGACAUGUUGAACAAUGUUGAAAAGACAAGAUGGGUUCCAAGUACUAUCAAAGAAAAAAGAUUUUCAAACUGGAUUGCUAAUGCUCGUGACUGGAACGUUUCAAGAAAUCGUUAUUGGGGUACACCAAUCCCAUUAUGGGUUAGUGAUGAUUUUGAAGAAGUUGUUUGUGUUGGUUCUGUUGAAGAAUUGAAAAAAUUAUCAGGAAGAGAUGAUAUCACUGAUUUACAUCGUGAUAGUAUUGAUGAUAUUACUAUUCCAUCUCAAACUGGUAAAGGUGUUUUGAAAAGAGUUGAAGAAGUUUUCGAUUGUUGGUUUGAAUCAGGUUCUAUGCCUUAUGCUUCAGGUCAUUAUCCAUUUGAAAACAAGGAUAAAUUCAAAAACAGAUUCCCAGCUAACUUCAUCUCUGAAGGUUUGGAUCAAACUAGAGGUUGGUUCUAUACUUUAACCGUUUUAGGGACUCAUCUUUUUAACACUGCACCAUAUCAAAAUGUUAUCGUUAGUGGUAUUGUUUUAGCUGCUGAUGGUAAGAAAAUGUCUAAACGUUUAAAGAAUUAUCCAGAUCCAACUAUUGUUUUGAAUCAAUAUGGUGCUGAUGCCUUAAGAUUAUAUUUGAUCAAUUCACCAGUUUUACGUGCUGAAACUUUGAAAUUCAAAGAAGAAGGUGUUAAAGAAGUUGUUUCUAAAGUUUUAUUACCAUGGUGGAAUUCUGCUAAAUUCUUGGAAGGUUCAGUUGCUUUAUUGAAGAAGAAUGAAAACGUUGAUUUCAAAUAUGAUGCCAACUUGAAAUCUGAUAAUGUUAUGGAUAGAUGGGUUUUAGCUUCAUUACAAUCAUUAAUCAAAUUUAUUCAUGAAGAAAUGACUGAAUACAGAUUAUACACUGUUGUUCCAAGAUUAUUAAACUUUAUUGAUGAAUUAACCAACUGGUAUAUUAGAUUCAACCGUCGUCGUCUCAAAGGUGAAGUUUCAGUUGAUGACACCAAAAAAUCAUUAAAUACUUUAACUGAAGCUUUAUUUGGUUUAGUUCGUGCUAUGGGUCCAUUCACUCCAUUCUUGUCAGAAACUAUUUAUCAAAGAUUGAGAGAAUAUUUCGAUGAAGAAACUUUAGCUUCAUUUGCUUUGAAUGGUAAAGAUCAUAGAUCCAUUCAUUUCUUAUCAUAUCCAACUGUUCGUGAAGAAUUAUUUGAUGAACGUAUUGAAACUGCUGUUUCACGUAUGCAAAAAGUUAUUGAUUUAGGUCGUAACAUUCGUGAAAAGAAAUUGAUUUCAUUGAAAACUCCAUUAAAACAAUUGGUUAUCCUACAUAAUGAUGAACAAUACUUGAAAGAUGUUGAUGCUUUGAAAGGUUACAUCAUUGAAGAAUUGAAUGUUCGUGAUUUGGUUAUCACCUCAGAUGAAAAGAAAUAUGGUGUUGAAUAUAGAGCAGUUGCUGACUGGCCAGUCUUGGGUAAAAAAUUAAAGAAAGAUGUUAAAAAAGUUAAAGAUGCCUUACCAGCUUUAACUUCUGAUGAAGUUGAAUCAUAUGCUAAUACUGGUAAAAUCACUGUUGCUGGUAUUGAUUUAGUUGAAGGUGAUUUAUCAGUUUUGAGAGGUUUACCAGAAAGUCAAGCUAAUGAAAACCAAGAAGUUAGAAGUGAUCAAGAUGUUUUAAUCAUUUUAGAUAUCAAUAUCUACCCCGAAUUGAAAACUGAAGGUUUAGCUCGUGAAUUGGUUAAUCGUAUUCAAAGAUUACGUAAGAAAGGUGGUUUGAACGCUACAGAUGAUGUUCUUGUUCAAUAUAAAUUGAUCAAAGAUACCAUUGACUUUGAAAAUGUUGUUUCAACUCAUAAAGAUUUGUUAUCAAAGACCUUGAAAGGUGAAUUGGAACCAUUCCGUGAAUCAAGUAAAGAAGUUGUUGCUGAUGAAGAACAAGCCAUCAAUGACUGUAUCUUCAACUUGAGAAUCCUCAGAAUCUAA